UCCGCUCCGCGCCUUCGCUGCCGUCGCGUGUCCCGUUCGUGCCCCACGUCCGUCCGCCAGCCCGUGCGUCCGCACGCCCGCGCCGCCGCAGCCGCAGCCGCCUGUCAGUUUCGCCAGCGCUCCUCCUUCGCCCCCCGCUGCUGCCAUGAUGUCGGCGGCCGAGAGCCAGCCGCCUCCGCAGACCGCCGCCAAGACGGAGAUCGGCGCGCAGGCCUCCUUCCCCAAGAUCAACAUCGAGCACUUCCGCACUUUGCCCGGCAUCGUCAAACUAGUGCAGCUGGCGUUCGGCAUCAUCUGCAUGGCCUGCGCCUCCCCUGCCUAUCUGCAGGGCACGCACUGGUUCCUGUUCGUGGCCACGGUCAGCUUCAUCACCACGCUGCUCUGGGUGUUCGUGUACCUGCUGUCGGUCCGCGAGGAGCUUAAUCUCCCAAUUAACUGGGUGCUCUCGGAGCUCAUGAAUACAGGUGUGGAUACCGUGCUUUACUUCAUCGCGUGCAUUGUGCAGCUGGCAGUGUGGGGAGAGGUUUCACAUCCGUACAGAGCAGCUAACAUCACCGCUGGAGUGUUUGGCAUCCUGAACACGGUCGCGUACGGCCUGGGCACCUACUUCCUGUUCGUGCAGUGGAAGAGCAGCCGGACGCCCACCAACUGAGCGCGCGGCGCUCGCGGGCGCCGCCCAGCCUCCGCCCCGGGCGCCCUUCGCGUCGGCCGAGCCCGCCCCUGCCCUCGGCCCUCCGCCACGGAGCCCGCGGCCGCGCCUCCGGCCCGACGAAUCACUGCCUCAACGAGUGCCCAGCGCGAUGUGACGGCUGAGACGACGUCGCCGUCGUAGCUGCCGUCGCAGCUGCCAUCGUCGCUGCCGCCGCCGCUGCCGUUGCUUCUGCUAGUGUCGGCGCCGCCUCGUGGAUUCAACGGAACGGAACCAUUGAUUUUUUUUUUCUUUGUUUUUUUUUUUUCUUUUCUACCGUUAUCGCGGCUUACUUCUUGCAGUAUCGCGACUUACUUCUUACAAUAUCGCGUCCUUCUUCUUGCGAUAUCGCUAUUACUUCUUGCACUAUUUACUUCGUGCGAUAUCGCGACUUACCUCUUGCGAAAUCGCGACUUACGUCUUGUGAUGCCGCGAAGAUCUUGAAAUGUCGAGAGGAAUCAUCGUGCUACAUCGCGAAUCGCUUCGAGCUGAAAGUGACGUGCCCUCCAACCAGAGUGGCCCUCCAACCAGAAUUCGAGUGUUUGUGAAAGUGCCUUAAGUGGUGAUGCUUUUCUCUUUUCAUCAUCUUUUCGAUGGUUUCGGAGUUGAGGUCUGCGCCGCUUAGCAGAACACGGACUAUUUGCAAGUAGCGGCAUUGUAAUAUAGUUAUAACUCUCCAGGUACAGGGUUAUUUGUAAUGAUUCGUUCAACUAUUUGUAAAUCCACAACUUAGUUUUAUGUCGUGCACCAUAGGAGAAUUAGUGUAAGUUUAGACUGAACGUUUGUCAGACAGUACAUACUUUUUUCAUCUGUCUAAAAUAGUAACAUAUGAUUUUGUAGUAUUUCACUACUACAUCAAAGUUUGGACAAUGAAAAUGUUGUGUGUUUAGAGUUGUAAUUAUUAAUACAGAAACUGCAACGUUUCGAAGUACUUUACACUUUUUCUGGAUGUUGUUUUCACUUGUUCAAAAAAUAAACAACAGGUAAUUAUAACAAUUACGUUGUACAAAAUGAAGAGUUUCAGUUAUAAAUGUUAUAAUGAGAACCAUCACUUCACUGUUUGAAAGUAUUUGUAGUUUUCUUGACGUUGUAAAUCAUUAUAAGUAACCCACAUAGAAUAAAUAAUGUUAAUGGUAUUCUACAAGUAUCUGGCUGUGUAGAGUUCUCUACAUGACAUUGUAAAUUUAUAUAUGAAGUUCAUUUACGUUCAUUGACUGACAUGGAAAGGUUAGAUCUGGAGUAUCUGUGUAGCAUGUAGUAACAUGUGUUCAACAUUAUUUUCAAAAAAAGGCAUCUUACAUUUUAUAUUCAGUCACGAACUCAAUUACAGCCAGCUUGUCCAUAGUUGUGUACUGUGUAUUAAACGUAUCUACAGUUGUUUUGUAUCAACGAAGUUCUGUAACCUGCUCACUUCAUGCAAUAAAUGAAUGUUUUUAUUUAUAAUAUUUCAAAAUUGAUUGUAUUGUAUAAAUAUUAAUAAUUGAACAUAUAACUAUUAACCCAACAAAAGUAAAAAUAUAAAAACGAAU